GUCAAGGGAUCACCCUGAGGGAGGGGGAGGGCCCUCCCUACUGCGGGUCAGGGCCUCUCGCGGCGUAUAUAAGAAGGUCCAGAGGCGGUUCGCUUCAGCUCGCGCUUGACCUGGCUCGCGAUAUCUUGUCCGCACCAUCAUGAAGCUGACUGUCCUCUUUGGCGUGGCCGUGGCCCUGCAUGGCCUUGUGGGUUCAGCGCGUGCCAUGCCUUCCCCCGUGGCCGACCCUUACCCUGUGGCCGACCCUGAGCCGCUGGCAGACCCUGAGCCGGUUGCCGACCCUUACCCCGUGGCCGACCCUUACCCCGUGGCAGACCCUGAGCCGCUGGCAGACCCUUACCCCGAGGCAGAUCCUUACCCUAAAGCCGAUGCUGAAGAAGGAUGUUGGUGUUUCUUAUUUUGUAAAUGUGAUUAAGGGAAUUCAUGUUUGCUUUCAUUGACAUGGCUGGAAUAUAAUCGUAAAUCUAAAUGUUACACGUGUUAAAGCAAACUUUUUAUUGGAUACAAAUGAUAAAAAUGGACAGUAUGAAGUAUGAUACAAGUAGUGAGAAGAAAGAUAGUAGAGAGAAAAUAAAUUCAGCGAAUAAAGACUUAAGACUAUUC